AUGGUGGUACAGCUGCGGUCUAGGGCUAAGGUCGAUGGAUCGUCAGCUGAGCCUGAAGCGACAGGAAAUCCACGAAAACGUACUAGAAGAAAGCAGUCAGAGAGAGCUUCCGCGCUUAGGCCAAACAUUGAGGUACGGAUCAAUGCAUCAGGGUCGAACUCAAGUCGACAAUCAACCAUUCAUGCAAUCCCUCAAGAUCAGCCCUCUACCAACCGAAGCCGGGUCACGAGAUCGACAAGAGCCAAUAUUCCCCAUGAAAGAAUACCCUCACCCACUCCGAGAAAACGUCUCGCUACGGACGCAGGUUUCAAGCCCCAGCGUCGUUCUCGUCGCAAAGUUACGCUGGAAAGUGCUGAAGGGGAUGAACAACCUCAACUGUCCCAGGAGCACGAAGAGGCCUCGGAAGCGGAGGAAAAUGCCUUACCGGAGCACCAGGACUUGAUGAAUAUUAUCAAUUCCAACAUCCUAGGUAUCAAUAGUUCUAGCAACGAGCUACCCCCGGAGAGAGCUGGUAGGAGGAUGCCUGGGGCAGAAGCUCCUGAGACUGUAGUCUCGGACGAAAAUGUCGCCUUGGAUGACAUACAACAGGAGCAGGAACCAGACACAGCUGAAAAUUACCAAGCUUCAGCUCCAAGUCCUGAGCAACUAGAAGCACCGCAUGAAGAAAAUCCGGUAUAUGAGCAGGAGGCCCCUCAAGCGACGUUACCACGAAGUCGAAAACGAAGACGGCAGAGCCAGAAGCCGACUUAUGGCACACCUGGUUAUAAUGCAAGGGGCGCGUCCCCAGAGCUUGGUUCAGCACCUCCUCAGACGCCAGCCGUGGAGGCAUCAGCGUCACAACAGGUCCACGCUGGGGUUCAUGACUAUGACGUUCCGUCCGACGGAGAGCAACAAAGUCAGCCAAUAUUGUCAAGAGGGGAGAAGGAGACCCACGUCACGCAGGCUGAACCUAGCCGGAAAACUAAAGGGGGCAAACGAAAGAGAAGCCAACAUGAGCAACAAAAUGGCCAAACACCAACACAGGUCGAGGAAGAGCCAGAAGAAGAGAGGAAUGAAGAGGGUACGCGAAAGGAAGAUAAGAAUGGAGAUCAAGAUAGGGAAUAUGAGAAUGAAGAUGUAGACUCCGACAAUGAUGAGACGGCGGCAGAACAUGAGCUUGAUCUAUCGAAUCUGGAUGAAGAUUCGUUGCUGCUCGACAAACCACCGAGUGGUUUGCAAACAGCGCUCCUGACCCCUACCGCCUGGGUAAAGCGGGAUACAGUGCAGGAUCUCGUUUGGACCACAACCCUCAGAGGGUGGAUGAAUGGAAGAAAGUGGCAGCAGGAUGCUCUCGAGCUCGCAAAAAUAGCUUCUGAAGCAUUGGAAGAAGACGGACGUGUGCGAUCGAGGCUUAUCUUGGGUAAGCUUUACAGACUCUACAAACUAUGCAACGAGAUCCCGUCAUCAUCGAUCUCACAGCAGCUGGAAUACAUUCGCGAGAACGCAGUCCAGUUCAGCAGUUUAUACACCACACUUCGCGUGAUUAUUGACGAGUUCAUUUCGUCCAUCAACACGAUAAUGGAGCAGGGCGACGCGAAGCAAGUGGGCAUAGGCUAUCAAUAUGUCACAAAGUUGCACAGACGCAUCAUUCCUAUGCUGGUUUUGGUAUUAGAUAAAUCUUUCCAGGCUGGAUGUGGAAGACCUAGUGAUAGUACCAAAAAGCUCCGCUUUCAAAAAGGAGAAUUUACAGUGUACACACUAGAGCUACUGGAAAGGACUGCAGGCUGGGUCCAGAGACUCUCCCAGGUCGUGGAAAACUGGUACGAGCUUCAUCCUCCCAGAAGAGAACGUGAUCAGAGCGAGGAGUCUAAGGAGCAUCGAAGAAAGUUCAAGGAUAUCACAAAGCGGCUCAAGAUAUCGCUCGAGAAGGCCAGAGAAAGGAUCGAUGCCAUUAAGAGAGCGCCGAUCCAACGAAAGAAAUUAAUGCAAAAGGAUGAAGCUAUUCGAAUGGAACGCGAGGCGGAUGCGCAGCGGCGCAGAAACAUUCAAGAUUUGCAGAUGCAGCGCUUUCUACAGUCGAUGCAGGAGGUUGAAUCAUCUCAAGCUCGUCCGUCCACGAUAGGCUCACACCGUCGGGCAGUGCGCAGCUAUCGCUCCCUGACUAGUCAGUCAGGCUUGAUUAGAUCGCAAGAGCCGUCGGAUGAUGAAUAUUAUGAGAAGCAUGGCUGGCACUACUGGGAAGAUGAUCAUCUCUUAACCUUGAUCCGAACCACAUCCCAUCCGAACUACGGGGUCCUCCACCGGAUGCUUCCUAAUCGAGAUCCUGAUGAGCUGAAAGAACGGUUAAAUCAUUUGAGAAUGGUUAUGCGCGAAAAGUACGAGCGAAAGGGUAUGCAGCCGCCUGGAUGGUGUGUUGCUGAAGAUUGA